AAGUGUAAAACGUGCCAAUUAUACGCAACCCCCAGCUAUUAUUGCACAACAGAAUUCCUCCAUCUAGCUACAUUCCCCCAAUCCACCGGACUCUCUGGUUCACUCUGCAUUUUCGACGGCGUCAGCAUCUCUUGGAAGUUAAUGUUUUUGAGGCUGUUUUUCAUGUGGGGGCACCGCUUAUUCAGUCACAGGCUUUUAUGAUUAGUGGAUGAAGGGUUUUCUGGGGAGGAGCAGUGAUCCCAUUUAUAGUUCCUGCAAGAAAGAUUCAACUUGUAGUUAUAACCAGGAAAAGUGUCUGGGUUCUGUCUCAUCUGAGGCAGGACCAAGUGUUAGCAGUAGCAAGAAUCAAAAGUCUGUAAUUUGGUGGGGAAUCAGGUCACCGGGUUUAUCAAUAUUUGAGAACUUGAAUAAGAAUUGUGAAAAAAGUGAUACCAGGAAUUGCAGCAAUAAUAGAAGUGCUAAGAAAAAGUUGGCAAGUGGGAAAAACUAUUAUGAGGGGUGGAGAGCAGCAGUGAGGAGAGUGAUGAUGAACGGUGGAACAAUGAGGAGAAUAUUAGGGUUUAAUAGAACUGGAGUUUCUGUUUCGAAGAGCGAUAUUUGGCUUUUGGGUAUUUGCUAUCGGGUUGCUCAGGAAGGCGAUGAUGCAAAUUCCUUAGAUCCCAUGCAAAGUGAGGGUUUUGCCGCAUUCGUUGAGGAUUUCUCAUCACGGCUUUUGUUCACAUACCGAAAAGGGUUUUCGCCUAUUGGAGAUACAAAGUACACCAGUGAUGUUUAUUGGGGUUGCAUGCUACGCAGCAGCCAGAUGCUUGUUGCUCAGGCAUUUCUGUUUCAUAAAUUGGGAAGAUCUUGGAGGAAAUCUCCUGACAAGCAACUAGACCCAAGUUACUUAGAGAUCUUGCAUCUUUUUGGGGAUGACGAAGACUCACCCUGCUCUAUACACAAUCUUCUCCAAGCUGGAGGCACUUAUGGCCUUGCUCCAGGUUCAUGGGUAGGUCCAUAUGCCAUGUGCCGCACCUGGGAAAGUUUGGUGCGUAAUAAAAGGGAGGAGAUUGGUAAUGGAAUCUUGUCCUCAAUGAUAGCUGUAUAUGUGGUUUCUGGUGAUGACGAUGGGGAAAGAGGUGGAGCUCCUGUUCUUUGUAUUGAGGAUAUAGCCAGACUCUGUUCUAAGUGCAGUGGAGGCCAAUGUGACUGGGCUCCUAUUUUAUUGAUGGUUCCUUUGGUUCUAGGACUGGAGAAAAUCAACCCAAGGUACGGUUGCUACAUUCACAUUUCCACAAAGCCUAGGUCUUUUGGGUGGAAAACCAGGUGCUUCAACAUACAUAGUUGGAGUGCAAGAUGA